UGCCUUUCUUGAAUUACACAUUUGUACUAUUUAUUCGCCCAUACACACACAUACUCUUUAAUCUAAUGUCGUCGCUGAUAGAAAUGACGCAGGGCUACUGCCCGGCGUACUCGCCGUUCUUUGGGUUCAUGGGCGUAGCCUCGGCAAUCGUGUUCAGCUCGGCAGGCGCGGGGUACGGAACAGCCAAGGCGGGAAUCGGAAUCACAGGCGCAGGUACCUUCCGGCCGACAAUUGUCAUGCGGGCACUUAUUCCGGUUGUCAUGGCCGGUAUCAUUGCCGUGUACGGGCUAGUGGCGUCGGUGCUGAUCUCGGGUGACAUGGAUCCGAAGAGCAAGUACUCGCUGUUUUCAGGCUGCAUCCACCUGGCAUCGGGGCUGUGCGUGGGCAUGACCGGGCUGGCGGCGGGCUGGUGCAUUGGCGUCGUCGGCGAUGUGGGCGUCAGAGGGUUUGCCAAGGAGCCCAAGCUGUUUGUCGGCAUGGUUCUGAUUCUUAUUUUUGCCGAGGUCUUGGGUCUCUACGGGCUCAUCGUGUCGCUGAUCCUCAACACAAAGGCCAGCAACUCGAUGUGCCAAUAACGGGUCUGCAUCCUUAAUUAAUUAACCAACCAUCAUCAUCGCUCAAGCUUUAAAUACACUGUGA